AUGAAAGGAGAAACUGUGCGGCGAAAGCUGAUAGUGCUCGGUGACACUUACUGUGGGAAAACCUGGCUUGAGCCAUGCACGAAUUCAGCUAAUUUGCUCCAGUCCAACAAACUCGACAUUUUCAACAAUUUUAUCCGCUUCGUCGAUGUUGAAGGCGUCAAAGUAGAAUUGGUAACGUGGGACAACACGGGAAUGGAUGGCUACGAGAAGCUGCGCCGGCUAUCAUACGAAGACGCGCAUGUCGUCCUGGUUUGCUUCGACAUCAAUACCCCAGACUCUUUCGACAAUGUAUCCACUUUUUGGAGCAAGGAAGUAGAUACCUACUUCAAAAAUGUUCCUAAGAUCCUCGUUGGAUGCAAGGCAGACUUGCGAGAAAAUCCUGCAUCGAUAAAACAAUUACAGCUUAUAGGUCAAGUAAUGCCAACAAUACCGGAGUGCGAGGAUCUCGCAUUGAAAAUGAAGGCUCUUGCGUAUUUUGAGACAUCUGUCAAAAACCGCACUGGGCUGAAUGAAGUCUUCGAGUAUGCAGCGAAGGCUGCUCUCGUUAAGAGUGGGCCAAAGGCGAAGAAGGGUAUUCGGAGAUUUCUAUCGCGAAGUGAUAUCAAGUUUGUACGGUAA